UGUAGGAAAGGGGGCGGGAAUCAGGUCGUUUCCGCCGUGGGUCUCAUGUCUGUUUAUGAAUCGAUUCAACGGGGUCAGCUGUCAAAAAGACACGUCCAAGAAGCGAGACCAUGAAGCAGCUGCCUGCGGAUACUGUGCGGCUGUUGUCGAGCUCCCAGGUCAUCACCUCUGUGGUGAACGUUGUGAAAGAGCUGAUGGAAAACUCCCUGGAUGCCGGGGCUUCCAGCGUCGACGUUAAACUGGAGAACUCCGGUUUGGACCGGAUAGAAGUGCGGGAUAACGGCCAUGGAAUCAAAGGUGAAGAUACUCCUGUGAUGGCCGCGGCGCACUUUACUUCAAAGAUCUGCAGCACGGAGGACCUGGAGAUGCUGGAGACGUAUGGCUUCAGAGGAGAGGCGCUGGGCUCUAUCUGCUCCGUGGCCGAGGUGACUGUCGUCACAAAGACAGAGGAGGAUGACAUCAGCACCCAGUACACGCUUAACUUCUCAGGGGAGAUUGUCUCUCAGAAGCCGUCUCACUUCGGUCAAGGCACAACAGUGAGCGUACUGAAGCUUUUCAAGAACAUUCCGGUGAGACGUCAAUACUACUCCUCUACAAAGAAGUGCAAGGAGGAACUGAAGAAAAUACAGGACCUGCUGACGGCCUACGCCAUUAUAAAGCCGGAGUUGAGGCUCACGCUCAUUCACAAUAAGGUGGUGGUUUGGCAGAAGGCCACGGUGGCCGAUCACAGAAGUGCCCUCCUUGCUACCCUGGGCGCCAGCACCGUUGCCAACCUGCUCCCUUGCCACCACCAGCAAGAGCAACCAGAGUUGCUUUUAGAUGGAUUUUUUCCAAAGCCUGGAGCGGAUUACUCCUCAACCAGCAAUUCCAACCCUGACAAAACAUUUAUAUUUGUCAACAGUCGGCCUGUCCACCAAAAAGACAUAAUGAAGUUGCUACGUCAACACUACGCCGCUCAGUAUCCCGAUGACCCGGCCCGAAACCGCUAUCCCACCGCCAUGCUGAAAAUCACCGUCCCACCAUCCUCAGUCGACGUCAAUCUGACUCCGGACAAGACCCAGGUUCUUCUCCAUAACAAGGAGGCCGUGCUCACCGCGGUAGAAGCGUUACUGGUUUCUCUCUAUGGCUACCGGGCCGACGGCGACCCCCCGGCGGAGAAGCAGGCCGGCCUCGAGACACCCCCCUCGCCGCCCGGCUCUGUGCGGGCCGACGCUUCGCCGCCAGACCAAAGUGCGGAGCGGCACGCCGGCCUCGCCGGUCGCCGCGGUAACCUCCCCAACAGCGGCGGCGACGCCGCCCCGUCGGCGGGAAUAAGCGCUGAUGCUUCGCUGCGCCGCCGGACCUCUGACGGCAGCUCUUCGUCGUCCGUGGCGGAGGACUGGGUCGUCAACCAGAUCCCGGCCGGCGUCGAGUGCAGCGCGUUCUUCCACGCCGACGAGACGGCCCAGAGCGCUCGGGCGGCGACGGUGGGUUUGGUGGAGAGACUCGAGGACGAGGACAAGGCCGCAGCCGCGUCAGGCGCGGCCUCGAGUGAAGGCCGGAUAUCGGCCGCGGACUGGAGCCGGGGGACGGCUUUGAUCGACCCGGCGACACGAGAGCCCCUGCGGCCCGUCGAAAUCCAUCAAGCGCCGAGGAACGGUGCCCCCGACUGCGAGGUCGAGGGUCGGAGCAGCUCGAACAGAAAGAUGCUCAACGCCAUCACAGAGAAGCGGGCCUCUCUGACGGCCUACGACCUGAUCAGCAACCGCGCCACGAGGGCGCCGCUGACUCCCGUCGCCCUGUUCGAGAAGGAGGCCAGAGCGGAGGUCCUCAGGGAGAAACCCACGGCCAGCCUGCUGGAUGUCAGCGGCGCCGUUCACGAGAGGUGGAAAAAUCUGAGGGAGGAGGACCGUAAGAAGUAUGAGGAGAAGGCCCAAAAACACCUGGAACACCACGACCAAAGGACCAAGUUGGCCUCUGCCGAGGGCCACAGAGGGGCGAGUGGGAGCCCCUCGAGGGGCCCCGCACAGGGCCAGAAACGCAAGGCCCCGCUGUCCAACCAGCAGCUGCUGGACCAGCUCUUCGCUGCACAGCCCCAGAAGAAGGCGAGGAGCCCCGCGCCCAAACCCUCGCAGCUCCUCCCCUGCAGCGUAGCUGCCCUUCGGCUGCAGCUCCAGCGCCUUUCAUCCCAGCGCAGCGCAGUGCCACGGGGCCUCCGUCUUGUAAACCGGCUGGCCUCUCAGAGCGCCUGGGUCAUUUUAUAUGGUCAGAGGCUCAUGUUGUUAAACCCAUUUCGAGUGGAGGAGGCCUUACUGUUUAAGAGACUCCUAGAGAAUAAUAUACUUCCAGCAGUGAGUCUCCAGAACCCCAUAGAGUUAACAGAUGGAAUUCUAGGGGGGGCUGAAUAUGCUGAGGCUUUGUGCAAUAUGGAGAAACGGAGCCCCGAGCUAAACGGAGGGGCCUUGUUCUGUGAUCCCCGGCUGCUCGCUAACGGGUUUGAAAUCAGACUCACUCCAGGCCUCACGUCGGCCGAGAGACAUCUGGAAGUGACAGCAAUGGCAGACUGCGUGCCUUUCCUCGGCGUGGAGGACCUCAGGGAGAUCCUGACAGCAGUUCUUCACAGGAAGGCCCGGACGCUGCAAGAGUGCCGGCCGCUUAAAGUCAAAAACUACCUGCAAGGUGAAGCGGUACGACUUGCCCGUCAGUUACCUACAAAUCUAUCCAGGGAGGAUGUGGAGGAAACCCUUCUACGGAUGCACCAGCAGCUCGCUGGGAGCAACCAGACCUGCAUCCACGGACGGCCGUUCCUCCGACACCUGUCAGACAUUCCUUCCACAGACCAGGAAGCUAAAGCUCUGCUGAGGCCUUUGGAGCUGUAGGAGGAAGACACCUCAAUCCAAAAAUAUCAGCAGUGCAUCUACGAAGCAGCCGCCUCGUUUUAAAGUGACUGAUAUUUGCAGUGUGUUAUUUUCAUUCUGCCCAAAGGAUGGCCAACUUUGUUAUAGAACAGAACAUCCAAAAUAAAAUAAUUUGUCCACAUUUGAUCAAUCAUUCAACUCA